GGAGACCGCGAUGACGUCGUUGUCGGAAAGCCUAUAAGAAAGAGUGUUUAAGGAAAUCCCUAUCCAUUCGAACUUCUUCCACAGAUUCUUCCUGUAGCAACAUGCGGUCUGUCUACUUAGCUAGCGUGAUUCUGACGGUUGGAUUAGCGGUGACCUUAGGUCAACAGCAGGUGCUGCCAUUCCUGGACGCAGUUCCUAGAACGCUGUUUUCGUGCGUGGAUCGACCCUACGGGUACUACGCCGACGUGGAAGCCAACUGCCAAGUCUUCCACAUCUGCCUCAACAAUGCCCAGUGGGAUUUCCUGUGCCCGAACCAAACGCAGUUCAAUCAGGAAUACUUCGUUUGCGAUCAUCCCGUGAACGUGGACUGCGACUUGUCGGAGUCACUCUACUCCCUGAACAGCAACUUCGGAAAGACUCAGGCGGAGGUUGGGGGGGAGGAGGAGGUUGAUGGGACUGAGUCUCCUGUCCUUGGGAUCGAGGAAGCCGUUUAACGCCGCCUUCGUCCCCUCUUAGGUUUAAAGUUAAAAGUGAAGCGAAUGAAACAAAAUGUUGACUAGUGAGUGCAAAGCAGUCGGGUAAACCUUCGUUAUGUUAGAGUUCAAGUUUUUCCUUAUUCCUCACUUUCCUAUCAUAGUCUUUCGCUCAAAGCACUAAUUUUUUUCCUCUUUACGCUUUUGUUGCAUUUAUUGUUUUGUGGCCAGGUAUGUUGGUAUAUUAACCAAGCCUAAGUUCUAUAACCUAAUUUAACCACAUACGUCAUAAAUGUGUUGGCAGUACUUUACUCUUUUUCAACAACGUUCAUAACCUAACCUUAAAAAUAGCAAACGGGUUAUGUAACGUAACAGGUCUCUCUGGCUCUAUGGCUUAACAGUCAACUUAACCUGACCUGUAACCGAUGCGAAAAACUGAAUAUAACACAACGAAUGUUAGCUAAAAUAAGUCUCUCCAUUUUAUAUGUAAACUGAUAUAUUUCAUCAUCUACAAUAAUGUUAAGAGUAAUGGGCGAAAAUACGCUUCUAUUUAUGAACUGUGAAAAGACCCAUCCAUUUGAAUUCUUUGUAAUGUAUACUUACGUAGGAUAGAUCUUCCCACUCUGCCAACUAAUGUGAAGACACGACAUCGUAUUUACGAUUCCAAAAUAUUGAAUAAAAUAUUUAGUCCUCUUUGGAUUAGAUGGACCAGCUAAUUUGAAAUAGAUACAUCAGUCACACAAAUACAAUCUCAGUGCGUUGCAUUAAACAAGAAACUAAAAUAAAAUAAUCAAAUCCAGACUUUAACAGGCCAUAAAACUACAUAGUCACUUUAAAAAGUUAAUUAUUCACCUUUACACUCAAUAAAUAAGAAUUUAGGCUUUCAGAAAAAAAAAUUGCAUCUCCAUUUGCUUAUUUUUCGUCUAAUACAAAUGCACCUUAAAAGAGAUUUUAAUCUUAACAGCCGAAUCAAGAAACAUCAAAUGUAUGAUGAAAUAUCAGCAAUAGCGAUGUAAAUUAACCUUCGUUUAAUUCCGGAAACGAAAUUGUAAAGUUCAGAAGAAAAUCUUCAUUACGUUCAGACAAAUUCCAUAAAGCCCAGAGGAACAACGAAACAAUGAAUUAGUGCUCUGGAGGCUGCGUUGGUCAAGCAUAGAUAAUAAUUAUGCCAAAAUAUCAUUGCUUUUGCUUGAAGUCAGGUUAUAUAAUGACAGUAGUUGAUGAUGAAACCUUUACAAUGAAGAUGAUGAAACCUUUACAAUGAAGGCCUCAUGGAGGUAGUACACCUCUCAACAUAGCACUGCAUAUCAAACAGGAUGUUAUUAAGCCUACACUAUAGAUCACACCAUUGUAAUGUAACCAAACCACUGUAAAUAAGAAUACGUAGCUUAGGCUAAUUUUUUUUGUUCACAAGCGCUACAGCAAUGUACUUCUAAUAUUUCUCCAGAGUUUCACAUAGUUUUACAUUGUAAAUUUCCUUUCCUUGUCUACGUUGUUACAUUAUUUUUUACACUUGCAGUCACACCUUCUGCGAUUAAAUGCAGUGCCUAAAGUGUCUCUACUUUUGAACAGUUUCUCCAGCUCCAUUGUCACUUUUGUGUUAUAACCUCUUUCAAUGUUCUUACGUCACCCGAAUUACUCUCUCCAUAUUUAAAUAAAUACUCUUUGCACCACAAUCCAGCUAAAUGUACGCAGAGCGUGAUGACCUCUUUCCGAUAAUAAUAGGUCAGUCGUAGCGUUCAUCAUCCAUAUUUAUUAACUGUAUUUAUUCAUAUUUCCUGUGGACUGGAAGUCAGGUGAUUUUGUCUAUUUUUCCAGAAUUUCCUUAAUUUUCCAUUUACUCAAUUUCCAGCCAGCUGGAAGACAACUGAUUUUGUAAAUUAAUUUUUCUCUAUAUUACAGUAUAUCUCCAGUGAUUUAGAGUAUUUCAGGUUAUGUAUCCAGAGUCUCGAACAUCAGGUCUAGUUUUGUGCUUCCAGAAUCGUAUAAUCUUCCUCGUCUUGAGUAAUAAGUCCUUAAUGAUUUUUUUUUACCAAAUAAAGAGAAGCUCAGAGCGGAUAUCAGGACAAAAUUGUAAGGACACUUAGAAAAUUGCGAGAAUUCCAGUUUAUGUAAUGAAUCAUUUUUGUAACUCAUCUCGGUACAUGGAAUGAUCGCGGAUUGAAUUUAUAUUGACUCCCGGUGAGAAGGGUAUUAUGUCAAGCUAUGAUCAGAAAAGACUGGAAAUUACAGUUACGUGGAUGAGAUUGAUCAAAUUACUGACAAUAGAUUUUUCAAACUGAAAAACACUAAAAUGCAAUUCGAAAACCAGUUCAGGACAAUCGCCUUUUUUUUCUCUCUGCCUCCUUUUCGCUUAUUUGUUGGAUUUGGUUAAGUGCCGAAAAACGACGCAAUGACGUUGUUAAAAAUUCAGCUAUUGAUUUUUUUGCAACCAACCAUCUCAAUUAUUCCUUCCGCAAAUUUUUACAAAACACUUUAAAAAUCCAGUCAUUCGGUUUGCAGACCUCGAAAUGUUUAUCAUUAUUGUGGAAACCUUUGAAAUUCUUUACAGCAUUACUCAGUCAUUACUAAGUCAAUCUCUCUGCUGUUGACAAAAUAUGACUUAACCACUGUUCCACCAAUGCUAAACAUUUCAGUCACCACCGGAAAUUCUUCAUUCAUCACUACUACUACAACCAAGCAAGGAUCAACCAUUACUUUCACUAUAGCCACGAUAAAGCAGUUACUUUCUAAAACUGCUUAAAAAUGGUUAUUUACUCGUCGUCCUUUCAGUCCAAGGGAAUUCACUCACAAUCCUUACAGCCCUUUUGGAACUAAAUCGUUACUCCUCCAACCUCAAGGAAUUCAGACAGUCUGAAUGUCUGACCUAUUGGAAUGACGCCACUCUUCUUGUAACCUCCUGGAAUUUUGUAAAUGUUUGUGCAUCCAACUAGAAAAUUUCCAGUAAUUUGAAACCGUCUGGAAUUCAGUUAUUUUGUAUGUAACCAAUUCGGCUCGAAUUUUUGCUCUUUGGACACUGAAAUCCAGUCUUCACUUGCACAACCUUCUGGAAUUUAAUAAUUAGUAGCCUAAGAAAAUCGACCAUUGUUUGAAGGAGCAAUUACAUAUAAUCUCCAAAUGUACUCUAUGCAGUGCCCGAGAUUUUUAUAUCUCCACUGAAAUUCAGUCAUUCUUCUCUCAAGAUACAUUUCAGACCUACUGAAAUUAAGAGUUUGCUCCUGCAAUUCACUGAACUGGAAAACACUGAGCUGGACCACUAUUCACGGAUUAUACUGUAAUUCAGUCCCGGCCUCAUCUCGCUGAAAUAUUGUCGCAUCCCACUGAAAAGUUCAGUCGUUCUUAAAAAAUCAGUUAACAUGCCUGCAACUUCCCAAAUUUCUUUUUCCCUUCUUAUCUUUUGCAGUCUGCUCUCUCCACCUACUAGAAAAUUCUUCUCUCUCUAGGAUCUUCUAAUGGAACCAAUCCGUGGAAAUUCCGACAGAAUGUUCAGUUACUAAAUGCAUACUGAUAGUGUCAUCUAGUCCAUUAUAUAACCCAGCAAAAUGUUUCUUACACUUGUUACCUUGUUGUUUCGAUAUUAUGUUAUUCUGUAAAGCCAAAAUAAAUCAUAUUUGACG